AUGUUACCCCUUGACUUGCCCCUUCACGGCUCUACGGCGACGACAGUGCCAUCGUCGCCGCGGAGGAGGAGGACAGUGCCAGCCCGACCUCCAGAUCUCGGUCGUCACCUCCACCCGCCUGGUACCCACGACGCUCAUAAGUACCCGCACGAGAGCCAUACCCACCACGGUGUUCAGGGAGAUCACGCAGACGAGCAUCUACCCGACGACCAUCGUCAGAGAAGAAGUGAUCACGUCGUGGUGCCGCCGGUGGUGCAGACGCAGACGCAGCUCCUGACGGAAACGAAGUACGUGACCCGCGCUCGCAUCAUCACGGACACACAGUACCUGACGCAGACGCAGAUCCAGCAGGUGACGGCCACGGACGUCAACACCCAGUUUCAGAUCUCGACGACGACGAGGGUUCAGGUCAUCACCACGACGGUGCAAAAUAAUAAUAUCCAGACGCAGUUCCAAACGCGCUUCCAGACAGUCACCCAGACGCAGCAGGUGACCAGGACCCUCACCCAGCCCGUCUACUUCACCCAAACACUCACCUCACACUUCCCGGUCACGGAGACUCGAACUGUCGUGCAGACGCGGGUGCAGCAGAGUAUCGUUACUGUAACCGCCCAAGCACAGUGCGGGAGGGGCGGAGUCGCAGCUGGGGGAGGGGAGCCACACGAAGCAACAAAACUAUCCAAACUUAUCCUAAAUAAGCCAAUGUUGACCUAUAUCCUGCAUCGUCUGUCUACCGUUGGAUAUGUUACGAUAUAUGAUACAAGGGUUAAGGCCCCUUGUGUACCACGGGCUGGAGUCACAUGA